AUGGGCCACUGCACCCCGUGCGCCACCUGCGGCGGCUGCGCCAGCGCAGGCACUCUCAGGUGUACUGUGUACACCCUCCCUCUUGUCUCCCAGCUUUUCCCUCCCGCCACCUCCACCAGCUUCGCAGUGGGCCCGGUGUGUAGGUUGCGGCAGCACAGGCACUUACUCCCACCCUUCCGUCCUCUCUUCCCUUCCCCGCUCCCCUUCCCCCUUCCCUCCUCCUCCCCGCCAUCCCCUUCCGCGCCCCGUUCUCCCCGCGCGUGGCUCCCCCCGCACUCCAGCUUCACAGUGGACCCGGUGCGGCGGCUGCGGCAGCACAACGGGCGCGUGGUGAGCGGCGCGCACAAGACGCGCCGCCACCGCCCCUGGGAGAUGCUGCUGCUGCUGCACGGCUUCCCCUCGCGCACCGCCGCGCUGCAGGUGCGCGCAGGGAUCUGGGGAGGGGAGAAUGGAGAGUGGGGGGAGAGGGACGUGGUGGAGGGGUGCAGAGUGGGAAGAGGGAGGAGAUGGGGAAGAGGAGGGAAAUGGGGGGAGAUGUUCGAGUGGGCGUGGCAGCACCCGCUGCGGUCGCUGCACGUGAGGGGCGUGGCAGCGCAGCACAGCAAGCGGCAGCUCAUGGGAUCUGCGGGCAAGCUGCGGCUCAUGCUGCACAUGCUGCAGCUGCCGCUGUGGUGCAGUGACAGUGGGAGCAUGGAAGUAGGGGUGGAGGAAGGAGGGGAGGGGGGAAGGGGGUGUGAAGGGGAUCGGGGGACGGGAUGGAGUGGGGUGGAUCGGUGGGGGGAGGAAGUAGGGGCGACUGGGAGCAAGAGUGGGAAUGGGAGUGCGGGUGGAGAGGGAUUGGAAGCGGGGUGGAUGGGGAGAGGGGAUGAAGGGGCGUUGAGCUGUGGCGUGCAGGCACGGAGAGGAGAAGAAGGGGGACGUGCAGCGGAGCAUGGGGGGCAUGGGGAUGUGGGGAGGGAGAUGCAGAGGGGAGAGGAUCUGGAAAGGGUCUGGCUGAAACGCGACGGUGGUAAUAGCAGUGGCUGCAGCACCCGUACUGGUUCUGCUGGUGGUGCUGCUGCUACACAUGCUGGUGCUCGUGCUUUCUGGCCUUGCAGAGAGGCCGCUGACUGUGCGUGUUGUGCGGAGGGACGGGCAAGAGAAGUUGCGCCUUGUGGCAGCAGUGGUAGGGUGGAUGAAGAGGUGUGGGGUGACGACUGGUGUGACACAGGUAGAGGCACCAGCAGAAUCAGAAGCAGUGCAGCAAGGCAACGAGGGGAACUUGCAGGCGCAGCAGGAUUAGAGGAGGCAGUGGAGGGAAGGAGGGCAGGGGGGACAGCAGGGGCGGCAAGGGAAGAAGGUAUGGGAUCGCGUCGUGGCAGUGGCAAUGGCAUGAGCAAUGGCAACGGCCACGGCAGGUGGCACAGCAGCAGCAUUGAUGGGAGGUUACGUGAGGGCAGUCGUAGCAGCUUGGCAGCGGCUGAGAACGAUCGCACGGUGGUGCAGACGAGGGUGAGGGAGGAGGGCGGCAGUGAGAAGCGGGAGGAAAGAGGCGUGGUGGAGGGAUGGAGCGAUGAGCGUGAGUUGAUUGACCUCACAGGGGACGACAGCCAUGGCAGCCAUGACAACCACGAGAGCCAUGACCUCACAGGGGACGACAGCCAUGGCAGCCAUGACAACCACGAGAGCCAUGACCUCACAGGGGACGACAGCCAUGAAGACAUGGGGCAGCCGCGGCGGGAGAGAGAAAGUGGAGCCGGGGGGGUAGGUAGACCGUUCUCCUGCCGCUCCCCUUCUCCUCCUCCUACUCACAGUGCUGUGUUGUGCGGCCUUGGGGCUCUAGACAGCCCCUCUCUGCCGGGCUCGCCGUUGCCAUCUGGGUGGUUUUCCUCCAGUGACUCUUUCCCGGUGCAGCGGGGAAUCGCCGGUGGUUCCAUGCAGGGAGUGCAGGUAGAGCGAGCAGGGCAAGCAGUGCGGCGAUGGCAGUCCCUGGCAAGUGCUGUGCUGCCGCUGCAUGGGGAUGGUGUGGGUGGAGCGUUGGAGGAGGAGGGGGAGGAGGAGGAGGGGGAGGAGGGAGAGGAGGGGGGAGAGGGGGAGGAGGAGCGGGAGCGGGAGGGGGAGGGGGAGGAUGGGUGUGAGUGCUCGGUGGCUGUAGAACUGGCGGGAAGGGGCAUUGAUGGGCGCGCGAGUGGGGCAAGGCAUGAGGGAUCGAUUCAGGGAAGAAGGGCGUAUAAGGAAAGACGCUGUCCUUACAUUUGCUUGGAUUCACCCGGCAGAAGCGAGGAUUCCGGUUUGGAAACAGGAAGAGGGUGUGGGUACGGAGGUGAAGGGGUAGGGGUGCGGGGAGGUAUGGAGGGGGGUGUGCGGCAUGUGCUAGGAGAGAUCACAGGUUGCUACAACUGGAGGGGUGAGCGGGGAAGGGCUUUAGGGUGUGGUAAGGCCUCGGAUCCUGCAGGGGUUAUUUGCUUGUUGACUCCUUGA